UGGAAAAUUUCCCAUUAUCCAGUUCAAGGUCCCAAAACGCCGUCAUAACACAGCCUUUAACCAUCACAACGUCUUAAUUAAACCAAACCGCCCAACCACCUCUUCCAACACCGCCAAAAUGAGUUUCCUCGGAAUGGGUCGACCUCAGCCUACCUCGGAGCAAAAGAUUGCUGCCGUUGAGAGCGAGAUGCGCAUGAUGGCCGACACCUACAACCGUCUUCAGCAAUCUUGCCAGAAGAAGUGCAUUCCUAACGACUACCGCGAGGGCGAGCUCAACAAGGGCGAGUCCGUUUGCCUCGACCGCUGCACAGCCAAGUUCCUCGACACAUCUAUGAAGGUCAGCGAGAUCAUGCAGCAGCAGGGCCAGGCUCUCGGAGGCGGCCAGCAGGGCGGUGGCGGCAUGUUCUAAGCGUGAUGAACGAAACGCAAACAUUUUACGACCUCGAGAAACCAUUUAGAGGACGAGCCCCAAAUAGGCUGGGGUGAUGAAUGAAGCUUUGUACGAUUAUUCAGGAGAACGGAUAGAUAUUGGGUCUGAAUCGAUAUCUGGCGCUUGCAUCACGAAAUGAUGACCGAAGGUGCAACGGAGGUGUUGCUGUAUUAUACCUGUAUAUGAAUGAAUCGAGGUCAGGGCGAGAAAUGACACUUUGGUAUAUGGAUAACUAGAUUAAGUUUAUUCGAUAUGACCCUAAAAAAAAAUGCCUUGUACCCAGGGGUGUGCUAUGCUAUAUUUGAUAUGAUAUCGAUGUCCCAAAACUCCGUGCUGAUGACCCUUUAGGGGAUUGUUACCCCCAAGAAAACGCUCUUUACCCAACAUCAACCCCUGGAUUAAGAAGGCGACCUUGUAAUAUCUGGUCCCGUCCCGAUUCCCGUGACAGUUCUGAACAUCCAGUGAAGCCAGCCUUCGGUUUCAAGCUGGGCCUUCAAAGCCUCAGCUCUGUUCUCCAUAUCCUCCACUUGCCUCUCAAAAGUAACAAUACCAUCUUCGACAUCGACCACCUUUUGUAACAGAGCAUUGAUUUCAUAAUCGAGACGAGCUACGAGCGCCUCAACCUCCUUAAGGCCUUCUAAGAGAUGAGACCGCUCCUCGGCAAGAAGCUCAUGAGAAGUUAUACGCAUACGUUGGCAUGCCUCGUUCAGCUGGUAGUAGAGUGCAUGCAUUUCCUCCUUGUCUUUCGCGUAGCGUUCAUCGAGAGCCUCAACUGCACUGAUCUUUUCUGUGACCCAUGGCUCAAUGCGGUGCUUCAUUUCCUCCAAGCACUGGUUAAAAUGCUGAGCUAGGUCAUUGAAUGCUUCGAUAUUGGCAAGGUCAUCCGCUGCAUCUGCCACAUCGAUAAGCGGUUCCCACCCCAAUACUGCCUCUUCAGCAUCGCCAAAUGACAUUCGUCGUGGCCAGCGAUUUUCGUUGAGAACGGUCAUGUUCGGACACUGUGAUAACUGAAUACUGUGUCGUCGCGAGAGCCCCCUUUUGGAUAGAUCAUCGUUGAGUUCUGCAUCCAGAACAGGCCCCUGGAGGUCAUGCUCAUCAACGAGAGAUCCAACAGCGGAGGGUGCUUUGGACAAUACAUCCUUACGCACUUCCACCCCAAUAUCAAAUAACUCCCCAUCUUGCUCGCGCUUUUGAGUUUCCACGGGAGCCGAGGCUGGCUGCUUAAUGUCAACUGUCGAGGUAGACGCAAAGUGCGAAAGCUGUGGGAAACCUGCUCCCCCUUCCGCGUCUGCUCGUUUCAUCGCGGCCAGAUACUCCUGCGGUUUGUUGUUCCAUGUGAAGGUUCUGCCCACUCCUUGUGUGGGCGCUGGCGGUUGUGUUGUUCCUGGAGUGAGCCCCUGGCUUGAACUCCUGGGGCCCAAUUCUGAAAAGUCAUCUCUUGUUGAAACCGAAGGUCGAUUGUUGUGACCACGUAAGCCUCCCCCAACGACAUCCUUGAUACGUCCAAAACCAGACCUAGCGUCGUUCAUCUUUCCAGCGACACCUUUGAAGAUAUUCUUCCGCGAAGCCUCCUUGUCACCUGAUCCAUCAGCGACACUAACGGCGGAACCAGGUGGGUGGCCCGAGUAAACAUCGGGAGUCUCAUCCAGUCGCUUCGCAUCCAGUUCGUUCUCAGCAGGCGCUGAAUAUACUCGUUUCGGGUUUGGAUUCGCUUCCUCCUCUUUCCAAGGUACCGCGCUGCUCAAUUCUGGACUGUGGUGUGGUAGCUCAGCGACGCUUCUCCGAGGCUUGCCAUGCCACAGCCAUUUGGCCCGUUCGCCGUAUGCUAAGCUAGCAAAAGUGCCAAUGUCGAGAGUCUCGAUAUCAGCAAGUCCUCCUUUGUCUUUUCCUGACACCAUCCCCAUUACAAGCUCACCCCUUUUACCUCCGACUUCUGUCAGCGUUGAUUUCACAGCCCUCUGCACACCCCAACUUUCUCCAGCAGCAGCCUUGGCAGACACAGUGUAAAGCUUGAGAAGAGUUUGACGGUCCAGCCUUCUCGUCUUCUCGAGCUUUUGUGAUUUUUGAAAGUGACCAAUACCACGCUUAGUGUUUUCGAGGUCAAAUACGUCCUUUGAUACUGGGGCACCGUACCAAUGAAGGCGAUUUCGAGCACCCAUGAACAUGCCUAGUAAUGCCGCCACCGUACUAGGGCCUAAUAUGCCAUCGGUAGGCUCAAAAUUAUAGUGUUCAGCACCAAUUUCGAUCCACCAGUUGUUGAUAGCCAUUUCUGUCUUGUCGCAAAGAAGUCCAUCGAUGUAUUGGUGCCCCAGCUUGUCAAACAUGUACAAUGUGACUUGACAAAGCUUGAUAAGUUCGACUACAGCUUGCGGAACAGGUACUCGAUCGCUCGUCCUGUAAAGCUGCAAGAACUUGAGCUGCGUUGCUUCAGUUGGAUCUGACAGAGUCAUGCCUGAUCGCCCAGAACAUCCUAAUCGUUUCAAAUCCUCAUUGACGAUGAACGAGGAGCGAUAUUUUCGGAUAUCACCCUCAGGUACCAUAAUAACGGUGAGGGCCGAAGGAAAAUUACUUAGAUUAGUAACCAUAAGCUCUCCAAGCUCAGUCUCCUUGGGCCGCGCAUGUGAAUCCUGGAGUUGAUCAAAGUAGAAGCGUAGCCUUGGAGGCCAAAGACUCUCGUCUAUUGGAACAGAGAGCACACCGACAACGACUGAGUGUUUUUCGUCUCCAGUAUAAGUGACGAUCAGGAGUGUUGGUGGUUUUCGAGAACACGCCCAUUGUUCGACUAGGUACGACUCGUAUCCGCGUAAAAUGCCUCGGCGCUCGACAACGACAACAUUGCUGC